AUGUCCUCCAGACUCGACCGUCUUGUCACGUUACUGGAGACCGGCAGUACGCCUCUCAUCCGCAACACCGCAGCCCAGCAGCUCGCCGAUGUCCAGAAGCAACAUCCCGAUGAGCUCUUCAACUUGCUCGGUCGCAUUCUUCCCUAUCUUAGGUCCAAGUCCUGGGAUACCCGAACAGCGGCUGCCAAGGCUAUCGGACUGAUUGUGACUAACGCUGAUACCUUCGAUCCUAACGAAGAAGAUGGGGAAUCGAUCAAGAAGGCCGAGGAGGACGAUGUCGCGGUGGACAUCAAGUCGGAGGACGAACAACCCUCGUCCCCCGAGGACUCACUGCUUCAGCUCGAGCGCUUGGAUCUGGCUUCCAUCCUCAAGUACGGCAAGAGGCUGUUGGGCAGUGCGGGCAAGGAGUAUGAGUACUCUUUAGCCGCCAUGGACCCUGCCUCUCGGUUGCAGCAUCAGAAGAAGACCUUAACCUCCCGUCUAGGACUUGCCGGAGAGUACAUUGAGGAGGAUUUGAUCGACGACAGUGACCUCGUCUUGAAGACACCGGGUAUCAAGGAUGAAGGUCCUCAUAAGGAAGCCAAUAACCACCAUGUUGCAGCACCGCCGCUGGCAUCCCCGAUGGAACCUGCCAAUGGAGAAGAGUCUGGCUUGAGCAAACGGCAAUUGAAUCAGCUCAAACGGAAGAACAAGCAGAGUGCGCGAAUGGGGGCCAAUAAGGUACGUGUCGUGGACCUGUCAGCUCGGAGACCAUCGGACAAUGUUACGACCCCUUCGGUUGCGACGCCUCAUCCUAUCAAGGCGGAAAACGGAGAAGAGCGCAAUGGCGAUUCGAAACAAGACUAUUUCUCCCUCGAGAGAUCCUCCGGCGAUGACGACCAAAAGAUCGUGUCUGAAUUCAAAGGCUCUAUCGCCCCAGAAAAGCCCUUUAUACAACCGGUGGUCACCGAUGAAGGGCCUAGCAUCGCAUGGCCAUAUGAACCCAUGUGUGAAUUUCUCAUGGUGGAUAUCUUCGAUUUUAACUGGGAGGUCCGCCAUGGAGCUGCGAUGGCUCUUCGAGAGGUUAUCCGUGUCCAGGGAGCUGGCGCUGGGCGCUUGCGGGGCAAGAGCAGACAGGAGAACGAUGUCCUGAACCGCAAAUGGCUGGACGAUCUGGCAUGCCGACUCCUCUGUGUCCUCAUGCUUGAUCGUUUCGGUGACUACAUCUCUGACAACGUUGUCGCUCCCAUCCGGGAAACGGUGGGCCAGACAUUAGGUGCACUGCUCUCACAGCUUCCAUCUCGGUCCGUGGUGUCUGUCUAUAAGUGCCUGUACCGAAUUGUCAUGCAGAACGACCUGGGCUUGGAACGCCCCAUUUGGGAAGUUUGCCAUGGUGGUAUGAUCGGUCUCAGGUAUUUGGUGGCCGUUCGUAAAGAUAUACUGAUCAAAGAUCGUGAUCUGAUGGACGGCGUUCUGGAGGCCGUGAUGAAGGGGCUAGGCGACUAUGACGAUGAUGUUCGUGCUGUGAGUGCGGCGACGCUGGUUCCUAUGGCGGAAGAGUUUGUCGCAUCCCGACAGACCACGUUAGGAAGCCUAAUGAACAUCGUCUGGGACUGUCUCUCAAACCUGCAGGAUGAUCUGAGCGCCAGUACUGGCUCAGUCAUGGACCUUUUGGCGAAACUGUGCACAUUUCGCGAGGUGCUGGAUGCCAUGAAAGUCAACGCAGCCGCUGAUCCGGAGUCGUCGUUUGGGAAUCUUGUCCCUCGCCUCUAUCCAUUCUUGCGCCAUACAAUCACCAGCGUUCGCUCUGCUGUCCUACGUGCCCUGAUGACCUUCUUACAACUGGAGGGCGAGGGUACCAAUGAGUGGGUGAACGGAAAGGCCCUGCGCCUGAUCUUCCAAAACCUACUGGUGGAGCGAAAUGAAGGUGUUCUCAAGCUGUCUCUUCAAGUAUGGUCGGAGUUGCUUAACUCCCUGGAAAGUCGUGGGUCGUUCACGCCUGAGACCGACCUCUUAAGCACCGUGCAACCGCUCAUCACUCUGACCAUGUCUCCGUUCGGUGUUCCAAGAUAUCCCAUCCCCAUGAAUGCUGCUCUGUUUAUCAAGCCGUCUGGAGUGCCCUUCCCGAUGAGCGCUGCGGCACCCGCAAAAUCCUCGCCGACUGGCAACAACAACAACGUCGCCGCCGCUACCGCAGCCGAUGGAACCAAGAAGCGCGGACGGAAAGCAGAAAAGAAAGAAUUGCCCCCACCUUCGGUUCACAACGUUGACGGACAUAUGCUCCAGGGAGAUAUUGAUUUGGUCGGGGCAGAUACAAUGCUGAGGUCUAAAAUCUAUGCGGCCAAAGCCCUCGGGAAGUUGCUCUUCCACUGGGAUAAGAAUGAGCUUUCCAGCCUCUGGCAGUCUAUCUUGGAGGGACUCAAAUACCCGGCAUCCACGUCGCAACUCUCAACUGCCAUGGUGGUUGAGGAAUACGCUAGGCUCUCGGGACCUAACAGCAUGUAUACCGCCACGCUCUGUGAACAGUUGCGCCCAAUCAUCGAAGGCGAGCGUCCGAUGUGGUACAGUGACAUUGCAUGCUACCUCCAUGUCGCCCGUGCACAGUGUCACUCGCUACUUAAUGCCUUCCGAGACCACGCCCAUGUCCCCGGAUCUCGGCUGCCCACACUUGCAGUCAUUGUUCAAGGGGAUCCCGAAGCCGGACCAAGUGCCUUUUCUCUUGCGGACGCCGAGAAGGUUGCUGGGCCCGAUUUUGAGCGACUGAAGAAGGGUCUUGCCCCAGCCCAGCGGAUCACCGCUCUGCAGGUUCUGAACGACACCCGUGCAACGGCAGAAAGCGCCAUCGAAGAAGCAAGAAGUGUCCGUGAGCAAAGGGACAUGCGUGUACGGGCUGCCGCCGCUGGUGCAUUGGUAGCGUUACACGACAUUCCGAAGAAACCUAGUCAUAUCAUCAAGGGCAUGAUGGAUAGCAUUAAGAAGGAAGAAAAUGCCGAACUUCAACAGCGCUCUGCCACGGCAAUUUCGCUGUUAGUAGAAUACUACACUACCGCGACGAAACGAGGCCCUGUCGACAAGGUCAUCGGCAAUUUGGUCAAGUAUUGCUGCGUGGACACGUCCGAAACGCCCGAAUUUCACCAUAACGCGACUCUGGAGAAGUCUAUCCUGUCACUCCGCAAGGAAGAGGAUCGGCGCGAUCAUCCCGACGCAGCCAAAUUCGAGAGAGAAACAAAGGAGGCCAAGAUCAUGCGUCGGGGCGCCAAGGAUGCCCUCGAGCAGUUGGCCGUCAAGUUUGGGGCCGAGCUUUUGGAUAAGGUUCCCAACCUCGCAUCUUUGGUUGAACGGCCUCUCAAGGACGCUCUUACCGGCGACCUUCCCGGGGACAUCCUCAACCCCGACAACGAACUGGGCCAGGAGGUCGUGGAUGGCCUAUCGACGGUGCGUGCGCUGCUACCCAAGUUCGACACUGGCCUAUAUUCAUGGGUUGUCGGACUCAUGCCCCUGAUCGCCAAGGCCCUUCAAUGCAGGCUUUCCGUCAUCCGAUACGCCGCCGCCAAGUGCUUUGCGACGGUUUGCAGCGUCAUCACCGUUGAGGGUAUGACCAUGUUGGUCGAAAAAGUCCUGCCGACAAUUAAUGGCGCCUUGGAUGUUCACCACCGCCAGGGAGCUGUGGAGUGCAUCUACCACCUCAUUCAUGUGAUGGAGGACGGGAUUUUGCCUUAUGUCAUUUUCCUCGUGGUCCCGGUUUUGGGACGGAUGAGCGACUCGGACAACGACGUGCGCUUGCUGGCUACGACUUCUUUUGCUACGUUGGUCAAGCUUGUACCUUUGGAAGCUGGCAUUCCCGACCCACCCGGCCUUUCCGAGGAAUUGCUCAAGGGACGAGACCGGGAGAGAAAGUUCAUGUCCCAAAUGCUGGAUGUGCGCAAGGUGGAAGAGUUCCAGCUGCCUGUAGCGAUCAAGGCCGAACUCCGGCCCUAUCAGCAGGAGGGUGUCAAUUGGCUCGCUUUCCUCAACCGAUACAAUUUGCAUGGCAUUCUCUGUGACGACAUGGGUCUCGGAAAGACUCUCCAAACCAUUUGCAUCGUCGCGAGUGACCAUCAUCUGCGCGCCGAUGAAUUCGCGCGCACUCAAGCGCCUGAAGUUCGGAAGCUUCCAUCCCUGAUUGUCUGCCCACCGUCCCUUUCAGGUCACUGGCAACAGGAAAUCAAGCAGUACGCGCCGUUCCUGAACUGUGUUGCUUAUGUUGGACCCCCGGUAGAGCGCGCCAGACUGCAGGGCAGCCUCGCCGACGCCGAUAUUGUUGUGACGUCUUACGACAUCUGCCGGAACGACAACGAUGUUCUCCGACCGAUCAGCUGGAAUUACUGCGUGCUGGACGAGGGGCACCUCAUCAAGAACCCCAAGGCGAAGGUCACCCUCGCGGUCAAGCGAAUUGCCAGCAACCACCGAUUGAUUCUCUCUGGUACUCCUAUCCAGAACAACGUGUUGGAACUAUGGUCUCUGUUCGACUUCCUGAUGCCCGGAUUUCUCGGUACGGAGAAGGUCUUCUUGGACCGGUUCGCCAAGCCGAUCGCCGCCAGUCGCUUCAGCAAAUCGUCCUCUAAGGAGCAAGAGGCCGGCGCUCUUGCCAUUGAGGCCUUGCAUAAGCAAGUGCUUCCGUUCUUGCUCCGUCGCCUGAAGGAGGAGGUUUUGAAUGAUCUGCCACCGAAGAUCAUCCAGAACUACUACUGCGACCCCAGUGACCUCCAGAAGAGACUCUUCGAGGACUUCUCCAAGAAGGAGCAAAAGGAACUGGCGGACAAACUGGGAAGCUCCGAAAAAUCCGACAAAGAGCACAUCUUCCAAGCAUUGCAGUACAUGCGCCGUCUCUGCAAUUCUCCAGCGCUGGUCGUUAAAGAGGGACACAAGCAGUACAACGAGGUCCAGCAGUACCUCAGCACGAAGCAGUCUCACAUCCGGGACGUGUCCCACGCGCCCAAGCUCAGCGCUCUACGCGACUUGCUGCUCGACUGUGGCAUUGGUGUGGAGCCACCCACUGAAGGCGAUCUCAGCACUGGAGCAAGCUAUGUGAGCCCUCACCGAGCACUGGUCUUCUGCCAGAUGAAGGAAAUGCUUGACAUUGUGCAGAGCGAGGUGCUGCGCAAGCUUCUCCCAUCGGUUCAGUAUCUCCGUCUGGACGGAGGCGUGGAGGCAACCAAGCGCCAGGACAUUGUCAACCGCUUUAACUCGGAUCCCAGCUACGAUGUCCUGCUUCUGACCACGAGCGUUGGCGGAUUAGGUUUGAACCUCACGGGAGCUGAUACGGUUAUCUUCGUCGAGCACGACUGGAACCCGCAGAAGGAUAUCCAGGCCAUGGACCGUGCCCAUCGUAUCGGCCAGAAGAAGGUUGUCAAUGUCUAUCGGCUGAUCACCCGCGGCACUCUGGAGGAGAAGAUCUUGAACCUCCAACGGUUCAAGAUCGACGUGGCCUCCACGGUAGUCAACCAGCAGAACGCGGGGCUAAACACGAUGGAUACCGACCAGCUCCUGGACCUGUUCAACCUUGGCGAAACCGCCGAAAGCGCCGAGAAGCCCAGCGAGCCGACCGGCAACGAAGUGGACCUGGUCGACAUCGACGGCGAAGUCAAAGAAAAGGGCAAGAAGGGCUGGCUAGACGAUCUGGGCGAGCUCUGGGACGACCGGCAGUACCAGGAAGAGUACAACCUGGACUCGUUCCUUGCCACCAUGAAGUCAUGA